AUGUCUGGCAACGCUUCUCCUUUACCUCAAGCUGGAAAAAUUAAAAGGGCCCUUACCGGUCUAAAAGAUCACUUGACCAGACAGAUCAACAAAUACCAUGAUCUGUCUCAACAAAUCCCAAUUAUCUAUUUGGAACUGGAAAGUUAUUUCCAAAUUGCCAAUAACAAGUUUGAACAAAUUAGAGUUCAAAUAACACAGUAUCUGUCUGAACUUGCUGAAACACAAAUCACAGAUACAGAACUAGACGAUAUCAUGAGUGAGCUAGCCCAGUUCAAAGAUGAUGUACAGGUUAAGCUACAAUCCUUUAACAAAUUAAUUACCCAAAAUAAAGUAACCACAGCAUCCACAAAACUUCUACAGCCAAAAGUAAAAUUACCCUGUAUCAGUCUACCCACAUUCUCUGGAAACGAGAAUGAGAGUUGGGAUGACUUUUGGAACAAGUUUGCUGAUGCUGCAGAUUCUAAACCCACUCUCCCCAAAACCACUAAGUUUACUUACUUACAAGCUCAACUCAAGGGAGAAGCCUUAAAGGUAAUCUCCAAUUUAAACUUAACCAGUGAUGGCUAUGACCUCGCAGUUCAUCUGCUUAAGAGCAAUUAUGCUAACACCAAAAGAGCUGUUACAAAUCUAGUCCAAAAACUGUUGGACUUACCAGCAACCGAUAGUUCCACUGACUCCCCCCAAACCUUUAGAUUGGAGUUAGAGUCCUUGCUUAUGGCUUUAAGUCUUAAAGUUAACCUCAAGGCUGCUGAGUGGUUGACUAAAGUAAUUGUAAGAUGCAAGUUGCCCAGUGAAACAUUGGACAUUGAACGUUAG